GAUGAGGAGGCUGGCAAAGCAAUUAAAGAUUGUAGGGAGAGAGAGAGAGGAGUCAAAGGAGUAGCAGAGUGUUGCAGCGCAGCAGUUGGUAUUUGUAUUUUGGUAAUGAUUUCGUGCGGAGAAGAAGAUCAGAUGCCUCGUGAUCUCCUUUUUUUUCUUUUCAAUUCUCUUUUUUUCUUUUCAAUUCUCUUUUGCACUCCUAAAACAAUACCUAUCAAUACAUGCUCAUGGAGUAUAAUACUAUACCACCAAUUCUUCUUCUACAUAUACAUAUACAUAUACAUAUAAUGUAUGUAUAAUCCCCCUCUCUCUCUCUCUCUCACUACGCAGCAAACAACAGUACUUUCACUAGCAGGAAUUUGCAGCUGUAGCUGCAUACCACCCUACUAUCAUUUUUCCACGCCUUCACCUAUUAUUAAUAACACACACACACACACACUCUCUCUCUCUCUCUCUCUCUCUCUCUCCUAUAUUUGUGUUGUGGAAUUGGGGUCAGAAGAGAAUAAGCAAGGAUUCCUUCUUUUUGUUCCCUUCGAUUAAAGCAGGUCGCAAUUGAAGUUUCUCAAUCCUCAGGUGCUACAAAACACUACACCUUCUUCUUCAUCGAUCUCUCUCUCUUUCAAACAAGUAGUAAUUAAAUAGUAGAGGGAGAGAAUGGGUAGCAGUAGCUACGGCGUGGGGAGGAAUAAUGGCGUCAGGCAGUACAUAAGAUCAAAGGUGCCGCGCUUGAGAUGGACUCCCGAUCUCCACCACUGCUUCGUCAACGCCGUUGACCGACUUGGCGGCCAAGAUAAAGCCACUCCUAAACUGGUUCUUCAAUUGAUGGAUGUGAGAGGUCUCACCAUAUCUCAUGUCAAAAGCCAUCUACAGAUGUACAGAAGCAUGAAGACUGAAGCUACCAGACAAGAGAGGGGCGUUUCACAGCAAAGGAAGCACUGCUUCGAUGAGGAGAAGCAGCUCGUGUUUCUCUCUCCUACAAAAAGAGCGAGAGUGGAGAAGAUGAGAGAGAAAGUGGAGGAAUGCAGCCAAACAAGAGGAGUCGGGGAUCCGUACGGUGAUGAUGAUUACAUGGGUGAGAAAGUUGGAAUAAAAGAUAAAGAAAAGAGAGUGCAUAUUCAACAAAAUCCUCAAGAAAAUGAAAACCCUUCUUCUGCCACUGCUGCUGCAGAUGCACUGCUCCUGCAUUCUGACUUUUUCAAGUUGCAGAAGGGGAUGUGCAAGAUGGAGCAGUUUAGCAGUGGGAAUGAUGAUGGAUGCGAAUUGUCUCUGUGUUUGGCUUUACACAAUAAUGCGAUUCCUGAUCAUCUCCAGAAAAGUAAUGUGUCUUGUACCACUGAGAUUAGUGAGGCUAUUUCUUCUAAUUCUUCCCAUGAAUUCUCUGGAAUUAACCUUGAUCUAUCUAUUGCUUGACUUUUCUUUAAUCAGAAUUUCUUUUUAUUGUUUUUUACCCUAUUCUAUAUUAUAUAAAUUCUUUCAC